UCGUCUUGACUAGUUGUCUAAUCUACACUAUAAAACAAACCCAUUUCACCCACUGCAACCUCACGAGUAAGAAGAGUUUUCAUCAGUAGUCGCAAAUUAAUAGGACCACGUCUUUGGCAAGUACUGAUUCUAUGGCGAAUAGGCUAGAAGGAAAGGUAGCACUGAUCACCGGCGGUGCCAGAGGAAUCGGCGAGGCUACGGCCAAGCUAUUCGCCAAACACGGCGCAAAAGUCAUUAUCGCCGACAUCCAGGACGAGCGCGGCCACGCCAUCUGCAAAGAGUUCCCCUCCAUUUCCUAUGUUCACUGCGAUGUCACUAAGGAAUCCGACGUCAAGAGCGCCGUCGACGGCGCCGUGUCCCAGCACGGUAAGCUGGACAUCAUGUUCAACAACGCGGGGAUCACCGUGCCGAUGCAGUACUCCUCAGUCUUAGACUCGGAAAAGAGCCACUUCGAGAAGGUGUUCAAUGUGAACGUUUACGGCGCGUUCCUAGGCGCCAAGCACGCGGCGCGAGUGAUGAUUCCCGCGAAGAAAGGGAGCAUCAUAUUCACAUCGAGCGUCUCCGCCGUGACCGCCCUUGAGUUCCCGAUCUCGUACGCUUCCUCCAAGUACGCCGUGAUUGGGCUCACAAACCAGCUCUGCUUGGAGCUCGGGAAACACGGGAUUCGAGUCAACUGCAUUUCUCCUUUCCUGAUUCCGACUCCGAUGUUGGCAGACGCUAUGGGAGGCGCGGUGGACGUGAAGAAGGCGGCUGAGUGGGUGGCUGCGUCGGCGACACUGAAGGGGCCGCCGGUGGAAGCGGACGAUAUAGCGGAAGCGGCGAUCUUUCUUGGAAGCGAUGAGUCUAAGUAUGUGAGUGGACUGAACCUGGUGGUGGAUGGAGGUUAUAGCAAGGUUAAUCCAACAAUUAGCUCGGCUAUGAGAGGCGUUCGCAUCUGAGGACUUUUCGUGUAUGUUGGAAAAUUCUACCUCAAAAUUGGAAUUGAUCGAAUAUGCAUCAAUCAUUUGAUAAUUAUAAAUACCACCCACCUAAUAAUUAUCAAAUUAAAUUUAAAUAAAAAAAUUUCCUCUAUUAUAUAAUAAAAUGUAAUAACUUUUGAUGUCCUUUACCGACAUACAUCGCAUGAAUAAAGUAUUGAAUUAUAA